GUCAUUUCAAAUAGGAUGCCAUUUUCGCGCUCGAAGCGCCAAACAGAGGAAGCUUCACUUUCAUAAACAUUGGUAAAUUUCUGAAAAUUUCGAUCGACGUUGUUCAAAUUACCGUUUUUACUCGCAAUCCGAACUGAUGUUGUGAGAGAGAUGGAGGGAGGCGAAACCAAGAAAAAUGUCCCCUACUUUGUUAUCAAAGUUAAUAACGACGGCACCAUCACCCAAACAAAACAAACGUCACCGAUGUCGAGUCCCACCAAACCUCACAUCAUCCGCACUCCUGAGAAGAGAACUAAAGACGGGCGGGCAAUUUCUAUAGAGCAGAAGGACAGUCUCGGCUCGUCAACAAUAAAGAUACACGAACCUGUCGGAACUUCGGCAGCUUCGAUGCUGAGCAAUGUCCUUGUAGAGGCAGAGCUGCCCACAUCAAAGGGCACUAAGCCAUUGAUUGUUGAAAGCAAAGCUGUAUUCAAUUUAGUUACUGCGAAGCAAGCUACGCUUGUCAGGAAGUCUCUUGGUCUCCCGAAGAUCAACGUCCCUUCGAAGCUGGUUCUUGUCAAACCAGGAAUGGGAAACACUGUUACGACUACUGCUGGACCACAAAUUUUCAAGAUCCAGCCGCAGACGACCACCGUCAGGCAAGUGAUGCCAAAACAGUCUCGUAAAACGCCUCUCACUGCCCGAACAACUGACGAUGGAAUAAUUGUAGAAGGUGAAGCGAACAAGCCAAUUGGAAGCCAAGGGAUUAUCAUCCAAGUUUCACCAGCAUCAACUGCUGGACCUGCACAGAAAGUGAAAAUCACUUCUCAAAAAGUGGCAACAGCAGCUGCUGGAAAGAAAGGCAAGGUGGAGCAGAGCACGUCAGGAGUGCAGAUUAUUAAAACAGUGCAGGAGAUAAAACCAAAAGUGUCUCCUGUGGUGCGUCAAGUCAUAAAGCAGGCUAUUCCGAUCACAUCAAAAACCACCACUGUGCCCAUCCCUUUGCCAAUUAAGGGAACUAGUUCGCCUGUGAAGGUUGUGAUCGUAAAAGAAGGGAUGCAGCCAAAGCCAAUUGCACCAAAGCCUGCUCCAAUGACGAUUUCCCUUGUACCGCCUCCUGUUGUCGGCAAAACAAGUCUUGGCACCCCUAUAAAAAUUGCUCCCGCCCCAGGAGCUGGAGUUGCCACUUCAACUGCGCAAAGGGUAGUGCAAAUUGUACCAGGAAUCAAAAAAUUGAUGGGACCAGUAAUAAAAUUGCCUGAGAGGACCAAAUUAAUAUCCUCUGCAGUUGUUUCCACUCAGGGUGCCACGCCUGUUGCGCCUGCUGCUGCUGCCCCCAAAGGCAGAGGUAGAGGCCGUGGCAAAGCCGCAGCUCAGACCAAAGAGGCCCCUGCCAAAGUACCAGGAAAGCUAGCUGAAGUUGUGGAAGCUAUAAAGCCUGAGACGAAGCCACCGAGCCCUGAAAAGGAAGUCAUCUCACCUGCUGAAGUUGAAGUUGUUACAGAGGUUACGGAAGAAGUCGUCACGGCUUCAGAACCUGCAAAACCAGUUGGCAGGCGUGGGAAAAGAGGAGCCAAAGCAGCAGAGAUUGCAAAGGAACCAAAUCCCAAAGAGGCAGCUGUAGAUGAUGUGAAGCCAGAGCCUGUUAAGGAGGAGCCUCCAGUUGCAGUGGCUGCACCAGCAAGGCGGCCUGGUCGACCAAAACGUGCUGCGCCUGAACCAGUUGAAGUACAAAAAGUUGAAGAGGUUGAAGUGAAGGCCGAUGAGCCUGCUUCUGAACCAGCUCCUGCUGCCACCAGGGGCCGUGGAAGGGCACCAAAGAAGGCAGCUGAACCUGAGAAGGCCACUCCUACGCCCGCCAAAAAGGCAAAGAUCGAGGAGAAGAAGCUGCCUGAGCCAAAGCAGCCAGAGCCGAAGGAGGUUGAAAAGAAACAGCCUGAGCAGAAACAGGUUGAAAAGAAGCAAGUAGAGGCAAAAAAGGUUGAAAAGAAGUCAGCAGAGCCGAAGAAAGCUGAAAAGAAACAGCCAGAGCCCAAACCAGUUGAGAAAAAGCAAUCUGUUCAGGAGGAGAAAAAGGUUCCCGAGCCGAAAGCUCCAGAACCUCCUAAGAAAAGAGCACCUGCUGCAAAAAAAGAGACUGUGACCGCUCAAAAAAAGGUUGAAGUUGAAACUCCCAAGAAGUCUGGUGCCAAGCAAAUUCCCGAAGAUAAGGGAUACUUGUUCUCAAGACCUGCUCCGCCAGGAUGGUCCCGUGACGUCACUCAAAGGAAGUCAGGUGCUUCAGCUGGAAAAUACGAUAUUUAUGUUUUCAGUCCUGAUGGCCUGAAGCAUCGUUCAAGAGCCGACAUUCAUCGCUACCUAACCUUAAACAAGGGGAAGUAUCCAGGAAUCACUCCCGAAGACUUCGAUUUCUCCAUAGCCAAGGAAACUCCUAAAGGCAAGUCUGACACAAAGGAAGUUCAAGAAGAGCUCUCUAAAACUAAAGCAGCAGCCAAGAAGGUUUCUGGUAAAGCUAGCAAGAGAGCGAGCAACACAAAGCUUGUAGUUUCACUACCCCCAAAGAGGACCCGAAAGUAAUACUAUAUUGUAGAUCUGACAUAAUAUGAACUACGCAAAUCACCUGGUACAACAUAAAAUUUCCUGGUUUAUUCUUUAGGUGUUUUGAUUUGAGCUUUAUGAAAAAAGUUUUCUAGCUAUGACAAUUUUAUUUUCUUUUUAAUGCAUGAGUGUUAAGUGAAAAUCUUUAAAUAUCGUGUUAUUUUAAAACUGUAACCAGUGUAAAUUAUGGAUUUUAGAAUAAAAAUAAAGUAUGAAAU